CGGCAGCAGCAGCGCGUGUUGAUAAGGGGCCGAGCGGGGAGGGACUGGCUGCACAAGUGCCUCGACCGCGCGCAAGGAGCGAACAAAGUGCUCCGCGAGGAGGAGGGAGAACGUGGAGAAGGGAAACCGGGGUGCAGCGCCUUUCAAGCCAAGCAGGGCUUGUCGCGCCCAACGUUUGCGUCUCAAGGGAAGGAGUCUUUUUCUCCUCUCGCCACAGUUUUUUUUGCUGUAGCUGGAUUUGCGUCGCAGACUUUGGAUCUUAGCAACACUGCACAGGCCGAUAGCAGGGGAGAUCGAUGCCCCAAGAUGAACGGUGGGGCGAUCGCAACGGGCAUGCAACAGGCAGCUUGCAAAAGUUACCCUUUGCACGUCUGCAGCAGCAGUAACAACCAGGGGUCCUCCUUGGCGAUCAGGCUGCAGGCGGGGCAGAGCGCGGUGUCCUCUCCGUCGGGGCAUCAUCAGCCAUGGAGCGCUGCUAAGAGCUGCCCGGGCCCGGCUCAGCAGCCCUCCUCCUCCUCCUCCGCAGCGCGCUGCAAAAGCUCCAAGCGGCGCUCAAGCUCGCCGGAGCUGCUGCGCUGCAAGAGGCGCUUGGCGUUCCCGGGCCUGGCCGCUCAGCCAAGCGGCGGCGGCGCGGCGGCGGUGGCGCGGCGCAACGAGCGCGAGAGAAACCGCGUCAAGCUGGUCAACCUGGGCUUCCAGACCUUGCGCCAGCACGUGCCCAACGGCGCCGCCGCCAAGAAGAUGAGCAAAGUGGAAACGCUCCGCUCCGCCGUGGAAUACAUCCGCGCUCUCCAGCAGCUCCUCGACGAGCACGACGCCGUCAGCGCCGCCUUCCAGGGCACUCUCCUGCCACCCUGCCGCAUCUCCGCCGCCGCCUGCGCGGACGGAGUCUGCAGCGGCGGCUCAUAUUCCUCCGCCUCGCCCUCUUGCGACGGCUGCGGUGGUAGCUCCAUGCCCGGCUCGCCGCACUCGGCUUAUUCCUCAGACGAGAGCGGAUACGAGGGGGCGCUCAGCCCAGAGGAGCAGGAGCUGCUCGAUUUCAGCAGCUGGUUCGCGAACUACUGACGCUAGUAGCAGCGGCAGCAGCCCUUCAGCCUACUCCUGAGCAGCAACACUGAACGGAGUGCUGUGUGGAACUUCAAUACCUCAUUGUCCCAGGCGCCUGUUAAGAUGCAGCAGAAGAGCAACAAGGACCCUUAAUUUAACAUGCUUCCUACUUUCUUUGAGCCUCAUUGCAAAGGAUAUUGGACGUGGAAGCUCAGAUCUUUGUGACGUGACGUUUUCUUUCAUGAAACGAAAGACUAGUGGUUUGCAAUCUUUCUUUUUUUUAAAAAAGUGCAAUUAUGUAAAUAGAUAACAAUAGGCAACAUUUAUACCUGCUGUUGUACAGUAGUGUAUGGGGCCCCCUCUGACUCAUGAAUUACUAAUGAAAAGGCUUAUUUCUGAUUCCAGUGGCAGAUUGAGAUCUAGUGGGCUUCCACUUUUUAUGUGUGCGUCCUAUUUUUAUAUGGGAAGGGGUGAAAUAAUUAAAACUUGAGGCUUCCUUUUUCUGAAUGGGAAUGGGACUAUUGCCAUGUCAGAAAUUGACUUUAUAUGUGUAACUUGAACUGCCGGUGGGAACACUGUUGAUAUGAAGACUUAUUUUUGUACAAAAAUCUUUAGAAAUUGCAAGAGGAGAGUAAAGAUUUGUAGAAGUCUAUUGCACCCUUGACUUCUUAACACUGCCAGCUAGGAUGUUUGAGAACUUACACAACUUAGAUAAGUUUCCUAACAUUUUAUACUAAAGGAGUGUAAAACUGUUUGUCUUAAAUAUGGUGUCGCAAGUUUUUGUCUGUUUUUUUUGGGGGGGGGGGUCUGGUGUGAAGGUUCAGUUCUCUGGAGAAAAAAAAAUCCUGAAGUUUUAUUUUUAACAUAUUGAAGGUAUUUUUGUAUGCAGUUGUUAGGAUUUGUUGAGAUGUAUAUAUGCAGUUUUUAAAGAGUAUCCUAUUUUAUGGAAAUCAACUUUAUAAAUAAAAUCUAUUUAUAAAUA